CGUGCAGUGCAGGUGGCAGAGAUAGCAGCUCCCGCUCGCAGAGACACACAGUCACACAAGAUGGCCCGGGUACGAUCCGCUCUGCUUCUGGCAUUCGCCGCUGUUGUCGUCUCCUCACAUGUUGCGAAGCGGCAAGUCCCUGAAGAGUACCCGACGUACGCUCAGGUACCGGACGAUGUCGCCUUCACGUGUGAUGACAAACUGCCAGGCUACUACGCCGACGUGGAUUACCAGUGCCAGGUCUGGCACUGGUGCACUCCUCAGGCCACCCUGUACAGUUUCCUGUGCCCCAACCAGACCGUCUUCAACCAGCAGUACCGCGUUUGCGACUGGUGGUACAACGUCGACUGCCCCAGCGCCACCAGCCAGUACGUCAACAACGAGGAACUCUACAAGGAUGCCGAGGGCAACCCCAUAUAAUCAGCGGGCCCACCGGCCCCAGUCAGUCAGUGUGUGCGGCGUGCGCGCGGUGUGCCACGGCGAAAUUCCGAGAGCAGCUAGACGCUUAUAGAACACUAGAGGCUCGGCAAAGACUGUUUGAAGAGCGUGUGAGAGCUGCGCGGAGUGGGGUAUGCGUGAUGCUGGUCGAGACAGCACUGGUUUUGUUUUGAGGAGUGCCGUUGUCUCAAAGUGUGCUUUGCAGUGAUUUUUUUCAUAAAAAGGCGAUAGAAAACAAUGAAUGCAUAUAUUGUCCAGUUAGCUUUUGCAAAUGAAAUCGCUUAAUUCAGCAUUGCUCUUAGACCCAGACACUUGUAUAAUGUACUUUGUAGUAGUUUUUGCAGUCAAUCGCUUUACGGAGACUUUGUGUUAUUGUUGCUGAUGAAUAGUGCGACUGCUGUAAGCCCGACUCGUUUGUGCUUACAUACCGGCUGUAUCGCUGGCUAGCGCAUGGUUUCUUUCAUACGACUGACGUGUCGGUCAAAAUACACAAAUGCUCUGA